AAGUGGUAGUAUUAGCACGGCCAGCGAUAUGCUCGGCAAGGGCGACAAGAUGAGACUUGUCGAUCGUUAGCAUGACUCAGGUUCGCGGAGCCCCAACCGAGCGUGCCGUGAACUCGACGCGAAAGGCAAUUUUUGAACCAAAUCUGAAAUCCGGCGAGCUAAACUUUGUUUUUUCUUACAAGAAAAGUGAACUCUGUUUGUUUGCGUGAAAGGUUUAAAGCCUCAUUGACCAGAAAAUAUGCGAGGGGGAGCAAUUCGUGGGGGACGGGCUCGUCGAGGGAGAGGUAGUGGAGGAAAUAUGGGCGCACCGAUGCGAGGUCUCGGCGGAGGAAAGCUACCCUUUGACCUGACCUUUUUUGACGAUAUUUUUCCCAGGGUGUCACCAGCUCCGGAUGAUUCGGAACUGAGCAAUGCCAUUCUGAAACGACACACGGAUAUUUCCCCAUCUACUGAAGAGAUCCAGUCGAUUCAAAAUAUGGUGACGAGAGUGCAAGGAAUUUUGGAAAACUUAAUUCUCACUCCGGGCGCAUUUGAUGCUUGUCAAGUAGAUGAGGUCCGUCAAGUUGGUUCGUUCAAACAGGGAACAAUUCUAGCAGGACACAAAACUGCUGACUUUGUCGUAAUCUUAAAGUCUCUUCCAACUCGAGAGGCUGUUGAUGCAUUAUGCAUCCGUGUGUCGGAUGACCUUCGUCAAAGUGAAUGUGUACGAUCUAGCGUGACAGAUCGUGGAUUUGAUAUAAGUAGUAUGCAAGCCACAGUCAGAAUUUUCAUUACAACAAUUCCACCAAACUUUAGAAAAUUGGAUCCAGAAAUUCAUUUGGAUGCCAAAGUCAUGAAUGAAGCUUGGCAGGCAAUUAGACAUUCCCGAUGGUUUGAAGAGAACGCGCAUAAUUCCACAAUAAAAGUUCUUAUCAGAAUAUUUCGAGACAUCAGGCAACGUUUCACCGGUAUCCAAACUAUUUCAACGUGGAUGCUAGAUCUCCUUGCGCAUUAUGCAACUUUGAAUAAUCCUUCGAGACAAGCCCUCCCUGUCAACAUGGCAUUUAGAAGAUCUUUGGCUUUAAUGGCUGCAGGAAUGUAUCUCCCUGGGUAUUCUGGGGCUAGCGUUAGAGGUCAUGGUAUGACUUAUGAGCAGCAAGAUGUUGCAACUAUAACGGCACAAACACUGGUAAGAAUUCUUGGCCAUGGAGGAUACAAGCAAGUCUUGGGUUUAGAAACCAUGUAUAAUGAUAUUCUCACCUCCUCCACCGUAAUCAAUAAUAUAGUCAUCAAACCGCUCGACAAAGUGUAUGUGCCCCCUGCGGAAGGAGAGUCUGAUAAACUUGAGGAUGAAGAGGAAGAGGAGGAAGAUCACUCGUCUGGGAUGGAACCUGACAUGGCCUAAGUGCCCAGUUAUAUGAUAAGGAUGAGUAUCCUACUAUGUAUACAUCAGUUUUUUUUGUAUAAAUAAAAUUAUAAGCAUAUUUGUCUUGUAA